CAACACUAGUCGAUUGUUUUUGUUGAAAAAUAAAUCAUACGCCGUUCCAUUUUGCCUUAUUUCACUUAAAUUAUUAACAAAUUGCGAAAUCAGCUUUUAGAUAAUAAUAAUCACAUACAAUGAAUCUUACGGAGCAGAAUCCGUAUGGGAAUGGCUUAUUAUUUGCAGGCUUCAAUCAGGAUCAAGGUUGCUUUGCUUGCGCCACAGAUACAGGAUUUCGGGUCUACAAUUGUGAUCCACUGAAGGAAAAAGAAAGGCAAUAUUUUCCCGAAGGUGGCCUGAGUCAUGUGGAAAUGCUAUUUCGCUGCAAUUAUUUGGCCUUAGUGGGCGGCGGCAUACGACCCUUGUAUCCGCCAAAUAAAGUCAUCGUUUGGGAUGAUUUAAAAAAGUCUCCAGCCAUCUCUUUGGAUUUCAACCAGCCGGUACGUGCUGUACGCCUGCGACGAGAUCGUAUUGUCGUCGUGCUCGAGGGAGUGAUUAAGGUCUAUACAUUUACGCAACAGCCUCAGCAGUUGCACGUAUUCGAAACAAGCUCCAAUCCCAAUGGCCUAUGUGUCUUGUGUCCGCAUAGCAAUAAAAGUUUACUCGCAUUCCCCGGCCGACGCACCGGCCAUGUCCAAAUCGUUGAUCUUGCCAAUACAGAGCGGGCUCCUUUGGAGGUUGUAGCUCAUGAGGCGGCCAUCAGUUGCAUUGCCCUCAAUCUGCAGGGCACUCGUCUAGCCACAGCUGGUGAAAAGGGCACACUUAUACGGAUUUUCGAUACGGAGAACGGAAAAAUGGUUUCGGAACUGCGACGGGGAAGCAAUCAUGCAAAUAUUUAUUGCAUCAAUUUCAAUCAUCAGUCUAGCAUGUUAGUUGUGGCCUCCGACCAUGGUACUAUACAUGUCUUUAAUUUAUGCGAUAAUAAACAAAAGGAGUCAUCGUUGCCCAUCAUACCCAAGUAUUUCACAAGUCAAUGGAGUUUCGUUAAGUUCUCCAUACCACAGGGACCACGGUGUGUUUGUGCCUUUGGUGCCGAACCCAAUUCAGUUGUGGCCAUUUGCGCCGAUGGUCAUUACUAUAAAUUCCUAUUUAAUAAUAAGGGCGAAUGUGGUCGUGACACUUGCACGCAAUUCCUGGAACUUCAAGAUGACGAAUCAUAAAGCUCCAUUAACCUGAUCAAUUGUUCUAUAUCCUUAUACCCGUUACCCUCUACUAUAUAUCUCUAUGGAAAUGUGUUAUACAAUAUUACAAUUAAGCAUGCUUUAAUCAUACGUUAAACAAACUCCGAGUUCAUAUAUUAAAAAAUAGAAGUAGUUAAUCCUUUUAAA